GGCCGGGGCGGGCGGUUUCCCUUCCUUCCCUCCCUGCCCGUUUUCCCUCUCUUCCCUGUUUCCCCCCCUUCCCUCCAUCCUCUCUCCCUCCCCUCGCCGCCUGGUGCGCCCCGCGGCUGCCCCGCUCACUGCUCUCCAUGGCGGGGCCGGCGGCCCGGCGGCGGGGCCCCGGCUGCGGGUCGCUGCUGCUGCUGCUGCCGGCGCUGCUGGAGAGCUGGGCGGCGUGCCAGGCGCCGCCGGUGCCCGCCGCCGAAAGCCCUCCGGACGGCACCGAGCUCGGCGUCGAGCGGCGCUUCGUGCCCGAGAGCUGCCCGCGGGCCGUGCGCCCCGGCGACUUCGUGCGCUACCACUACCUCGGCGCCUUCCCCGACGGCACCCGCUUCGACUCCAGCUAUGACAGGGGAUCCACAUUCAACGUGUUUGUGGGCAAAGGUCAGCUUAUUGCUGGGAUGGACAAAGCUCUGGUUGGCAUGUGCGUGAAUGAGCGGCGGUUUGUGAAAAUCCCCCCUAAGCUUGCCUACGGAAGUGAAGGCGUCCCUGGUGUGAUACCCCCCAAUGCUGUGCUCCAUUUCGAUGUGCUCCUGAUAGAUCUUUGGAACUCAGAGGACGAAGUGCAGGUUCAGACUUAUUUCAAACCUGAGAAGUGUCCUCGGACAGUCCAGGUGUCUGACUUUGUACGGUACCAUUACAACGGAACAUUCUUAGAUGGAACCCUAUUUGAUUCAAGCCAUAAUCGGAUGCGAACUUAUGAUACCUAUGUGGGAAUUGGAUGGCUGAUUCCUGGCAUGGACCAGGGUCUCUUGGGAAUGUGCGUAGGAGAAAAGCGCAUUAUCACAAUACCACCUUUCCUUGCAUAUGGAGAAGAAGGAGAUGGUAAGGAGAUUCCUGGCCAAGCUUCCCUCGUCUUUGAUGUGGUUUUGCUAGAUCUCCAUAACCCCAAGGAUGGUAUCGUUAUUGAGAACCAGGUUGUGCCUGAAUCUUGUGAGCGGAGAAGCCAGACAGGAGACUUUCUCCGAUACCAUUACAAUGGCACACUUUUGGAUGGCACAUUAUUUGAUUCCAGUUAUUCACGAAACCAUACGUAUGACACCUAUGUCGGGAAAGGUUAUGUCAUUGCUGGAAUGGAUGAAGGUUUGCUAGGUGUGUGCACUGGUGAAAAAAGAAGAAUAAUAAUCCCCCCUCAUCUUGGAUAUGGAGAAGAAGGAAGAGGAAAGAUUCCAGGAUCUGCAGUGCUGGUCUUUGACAUCCACGUGGUUGACUUCCACAACCCUUCAGAUUCUGUCGGCAUUACUGUUAACUACAGACCUUCCAACUGCACCGUACUAAGUAAGAAGGGAGAUUACUUGAAAUAUCACUACAAUGCUUCGCUCCUGGAUGGUACUUUGCUAGACUCGACACACAGCCUUGGCAAGACUUACAACAUAGUUCUUGGAUCUGGACAGGUAGUAGUGGGGAUGGACAUGGGCCUUCAAGACAUGUGUGUCGGGGAACGACGAACAGUUGUUAUUCCACCUCAUCUUGGUUAUGGAGAAGAUGGAGUUGAAGGAGAAGUGCCUGGUAGUGCUGUAUUAGUUUUCGACAUUGAACUGCUGGAACUGGUGUCUGGCUUGCCUGAAGGGUACAUGUUUGUAUGGAAUGGGGAAGUCUCUCCCAAUCUUUUUGAAGAAAUAGACCAGAAUCAUGAUGGAGAGGUUCUUUUGGAGGAGUUUUCAGAGUACAUCCAAGCUCAAGUUGAUUCUGGCAAAGGAAAACUAGCUCCUGGUUUUGAUUUUGAGAAGAUUGUUAAAAAUAUGUUCACCAAUCAAGACCGGGAUGGAAAUGGUAAAGUUACUGCUGAAGAAUUCAAGUUGAAAGAUCAGGAGGCCAAAGAGGAACACGAUGAACUGUAAAGAUAAGAAAAAAAGAAGAGUCCUGAGCUGACCUACUGUUUGAACAUGUGUACUGGAAGGGGUUUUGGCAAGCAUGGUUCUGGAAGGAUAGCCUGGGUCUGCCUGUGCUGAGGUGUGGGUAGGCUCUUAAAAUAGGAAGAGAUUUUCAGUUGGAACUGUUAGGUAUAUCUGAAGAAAGUGUUAAGUGCCUCAAGGUAGGAUGUAUAAACAGGUAGAGUGUACUGCCAUAUGUGGUGUCAUGAUCCAUGUGAUCUGUUUUUAUGCUAAAGAUCAGAAGUUCUCAUUGAACAAUACACGGUCACUUGGAUGGAUGGUAGAGAGAAAACUUACCAAGGGCUUUUAAAAGAGUUUUUAAAAACCUGCUGUAUCAGAAAUACUUGUGCAGGAGAAUGAACCAAAAUAUUCCCCAUGAAAAUAACCUGUAAAAGUUGUUAGUUGUUGAUCCCAGUUCCUUUCAGAAGGCUUGAGCACUCUUUCCAGUAACUGAACAAACUCACAUGGAUAUUUGCCAGCAGAAAAUCUGAUUUGCAAAUUGCAGAACGUGCAAGCGAUGGCUGUGCCAUUGCAAAAUUUCCAUAAGCUGUGAAUUAAAUUAAACAGGCCUAGAAUCAAUACUGUGUAUGUGUUGGGUUUUUACCUCACGGAAUAAAAAUUUUCUUCCAUCUGUAUUGUAUUGAAUUAGUAACCUUGUCUCUUGCUGGCCAGGGUUCCCAUCAGUGAUUCCAAAACCUUUCCAGUUGCAAUCCUAUUUAUAGUUUUGUUAGACAUUAAAUAUUAGUAUUACAAGUCCAAGUGCUGUCAUAAAUACUGGAUACAGUUGAUUUUGGGGGGGGCUUCUGUCUCCUGUUUUGGGAAUUGCUAGACUAAGGAGUAAGUGCUUAGAGCUUAAGCAGCAGAGCAGUCUGCAGUGGCAAACAAAGAGACAGACAGUGAUAAAAUCAAGAAAUAGGCCCAUCUGUUUGUGUGUGCAAACAUUCUGGCCUAUCCCUCAACACAGAGUCAGCCCUGAGAGUGCUGUUUAGAUUAUGUGAGCUCUUGAGACAGUCACCCGUUAGCUCGAUAAAUGGAGCAAAGCUGCUUAGCACUAAAUACCCAUAACACACAUUUUUUGAAAGGCUGUGUGAUUCCCCUCAGUACACUACAUGUAAAGUGCACAAAUACGUAUAGCGAGACACUGUCAAAGAGGAGUAGGAAGGGAGUUGUGUUUCCAUUAUAUGCUUUGUGUCUAGUUUCUUGCUUUCCUUGGUCUGUACAUGUGGGAUGUAAGCUUCCUGAGAUGCUCUUUCUAAAAGCUGAUAUUUCAGUUGGAUGAAAACAUUUUGUAUUGGUUUUUAAUGCAGUUCUUACAGAAAGUGCAGUGAAAUAUUUUUUUGAGUUUGAUACCAUUAAAUGUUGGAUAACUGAUCUUUUUGUUAAAUAAAAUUUCUAUCAACUGCUA